UUAUCAAAACCUAAGUGGGAAUGUGGGUUAUGCGUGAUCGCGUCUGAGCGAGCGGAUCCGUAGACUUUACGUGACUGUGUAACGAUGAGAGACUGCUGAUACAAGUGAUAAAUCCGUUCCACGAAUUGUUCGUCGUACCAUCGCCACGAUUGGAACAAAGGAUCUAUACAAUGUUUACUCCUGUCAGACCUAAGAAUCCCGGCGUGCUAAAUGACACAGUGUUGAGCACUCCGCUACCACAGGCAACGUCCACUGCUUGCAGAAAAACCACGUUGGAGAACAAAUUCAGUGAUAAGCUGCAAUCAAGUGAAGAAAAACUCAAGCAGGAGCUAUCAUUUGACAAUGAAUCACAGAAAGAGGAUACCUCGUUAGGUCUUCUUGAUAAUAUGUCAGAUCUCACGAACAUAAGCACACCAGAGGAUGAGCAAAAAUUGAAUUUUUCCAGUAUAGAUGUAGAACUUGAAUAUGCCAGAAAAAUUCUUCAGAAAUGUAGCGAUAAGAAUUCUGCUUUAACCACAGACACAAAUAAAGAAAAUAAUGCUAAUGUGCAAAAUAUAACAAGUAAUAUGCCAGUGUCAAAUUUUACUUUACCAAUUGAAGCUUGUAUGUCUGAGUUAGACAAGGAGUGCAAUAUGAGUCAUUCGGUUACUUUUGAACCCAAUGAAAUAACAGCACGUUCAUCUGGUGUCAGUAAUAGUGCUAAAAGACAAUCUCUUAUAAACUUAUCUUUUCCUGGCAUUAGUUUUAAUAAAAACGACAUAAUGACACAACUUAAUAACGAGAUGAUGACAGAAGAAUUUUUAUCUAAUACAAAAGGGGCUGAACAGUUGUCGAUGGAUCAGACUUGUUUUGCUCCACAUCAUAAUUUUACAUAUUGUACAUCAGGCACGAAAAUAGGAAAGCAAAAAGAUUUAAGUAUUCUUUCUGGUAUCAUUGGAGAGUUAGAUUUAUCAAUCGAAUCUUGUUCUGGACGAAAAGUAUCUGUCGGCAGAUACUUUGAACGUAAAUCCGAUGAUUUAGAAAUGCUAGGAUAUGGAAAAGUAAACUCAAGUCUUAAGGUUUUAGAAACCCCUAUAAAAACAGGCAAAUUACCAGUAUUAGUUGAAUCGACUGUCUCAACAGAUGCAGCAACAUCGACAAUGGAAUUGACAGAGAAAGAGCAUACGCUUAAUCCCAAUAUAACAAGAGACAUUGAUGAAAAUAGUAUUAUAAGUUUAAACACUAUUGUUAAUACUUUAGAAGAUGUUAAUAGCGGGACACCACGGCGAAUAAUUGAUCAGCUUUUAAUGGCACAGAAGAAAAAAUAUUCUCAAAUAAGCGUAUCAUUUCCUUCUAAUCAAAAUGUGAAGAAGGCCGAAUCCUUCACGAAUAUACCUAAAAAGAAAAUGUUAGAGGAGAAUUCAUAUGAUGAAAACGUGGUACCUUCAGUUAAUCAAGAUAUAGGUGUAUCAUCAACAUCAGAUCAUACAUUUUCUUUACAAAAUUCCACAUUACCAUGUAGUGACAAAUUGACUGCAUUGUCCUACGUACCAUUUAAAAUGAACAGGAAAAGUUUUGAUGAAGAAAGCUAUAAAAAUUUGAAUAUACAAAAUAAAGAAGAAAAUAUUUCUAAUAGUAUGAUAAGCUCAUCGCUCUCAGUGAACAAUAUGGAUGCGCAGACUGAUUCAAAGAACGUCGUUUUUGGUAAGAAUACUGAAGAAGCAUGCAAUUGUGUUGUUGGUAUGACGAAUGAAGUAAAUGUAGAACUCAUAAAUAAUGGAGAUAGAUGGAUCACGUAUAUCUUUAAGUUAGUUGAAGAAAUUUUAAUAAAUUCUAAUAGUACUCAAUCCACAAAGAUUGAAGUAAAAGUAAUAAAAAUGUGUAAACCAAUAUUUGUAGUACUAAAUAUAGUUCUAUCAGAUAUGGUAGCAAAAUCAAAAUGGUCUAUGAAACACAUAAUCUUUGUUAAUCCAGAGCAACUUGAGCUUGAUAUUGUAUGUCCUUCUGACAAACAAAACUUGAAUUUUCAGUACAUCGGAGACGAAACAACCAAAGUUCUGCCUAUAACAUUUCUUAAUAAAAACAAUGUUGCUGUACCAAUAAAACUGUCAAUAUUAGAAGAAGUCACAAAUAUGUUUAGUAUUGAUGGAUUAACACAUUUUCUACUUGAACCACUUAAAAAAUGUAUUACUAACAUAAAAUGUGAAAAAUCACGAUCUACAUCAGUAGAUUCUCCGCAAAAACAGCCACAACAUUGGAAGGGCAAACUAAUUGUAUGUGUACAAUCUAAGGAUGACACUAUAUUACUUAAAAAAGAAGUGUCUCUUUACGCACAAAUAGGUAUUUGUAAGAUCCAAAUCAUCGACACAGAAGUACCGAUAAUUGUUUCAAGACAGCAAGGAAAAUCGAUAAAUAUUAUUAAUUCGGGAAAUAUGGCAAUUCAAGUGUUCGCAACUAUCGUACCAUUUGAAGGACAUACAAAUGCAACGCAAGAUUUUUUUAUAAAGCCAGAUAAUAUAUUUUUGCAAGUUGGAGAAAGGAGUUCAUUCUUAAUUGUAUAUAAACCACAAUUUUCAGAUGCAAACUUUGUAGAUAAUGAAAAAUAUGCAAAGAUUAAGUUAGUUGCUGGAAACAAUGUUUACCACUACAUUAUAAGUACUAAAAAAUUAUUAGAAUCAGAACAGGAAAAUUAUGUACGUUGUCAUACGCCUAAUAAUGCCAUAUCUCUAAGUCCAGCAACAUCGCCACAAAGUGUAACAUCUAAUAGAUCUGGACCUUGCGAUAGAAAUUCACCAAUCAGUACAGUAUCUAGUUUGGCUGUAGCAGGACAUGUAAUUCCAAUCAGAGCUACACACGCUGCCCUAGUAUGGAAUAGUGUAAAAACAGGAAAAAGUGAAACUAAAGAAUUUACAAUUCGCAAUACGAGUAAUAACAAGAUUAAAAUUCAAAUAGAUAUAUGUGAUGACAGUAAGAGUUUUAAGUUUCUCGGAGAUAAACAAUCUAUCAACACAAGCCUAGUCCUAGUACUGCAACGUCAAGAAAGUAAAACACUUGCAGUUAUAUUCAGUCCAUAUUGUAUGGGCUCAGUAGUUGGAAAAAUCACUAUCAAGCAUUAUACAAGAGGGAGUAGUGAUUCUCAACAGUUUAAAAAAAUACCUUUGUAUGGAUAUGGAGGUUGCAGUAAAGUAAAAAUUUCGGGUCCAUUUAAAGAUUCGAGUAAAAAAUUGUGGUUGUCACUUGGCAAUUUAUAUUCCGAAACUAUGACAUUGAGCGCUGGUAUUAGACUAGAUAACAUUGGUGACUUACGUUCAUUCGCCAAAAUCACGAUCAUACCGAAAGUUUUUUCUCCAAAAAUGGAUUCCAGUUGGCACAUAAAUCCAAAGGAAAUAAUACUUGAUUCGAAAGAAUCUCAAGAAAUAAUAAUACAAUUUCAUCCAAAGAGAGAAGACUUUGCGUUACUGCAACGUUCGGAAGUGUCGCAUGUGGCAACUAUAAAUGUUACUUAUGGCGAUGAACCAACCCGCUGGCGAAUACGCAGAUUGUAUAAUAAAUUUAAAGAGUCAGGUGAAUCGAUUGAAAGUGAAAAUGAAGCAUUCAAGAAUAUUGUGCAUCCCAUAUGUAAAAUUUUUCCUGGAGAGCAAUUAAUUCCUGGCAUAACGUCAAUUCGCGAUUCUAUUCAAAAUCUAAAUGAUCUCUGCACUGGCGUUCAUCAAUAUGAGAUAAUGCUCACAGUGGAGGCAUGUGCGGAUGAAACUUUACCCGUUCAUUAUGAUACUGAUGAAUCGGAAAUGUAUCAGUCUCUUAUUAACGACACUACAUAUUUAGAUGAAGCAGGUGGAGCAAGUUUCUUCGUAUCUCAAACUACAGAAUAUGAAGUUCAACAUCCUGAAUUGCAAGAUCAAUUCACCGUAACUCCGUAUACCAUCACCCUGACUCCUCCAGUUAAAAAUGAAGCAACCGUGACUAUUCAUAGCUUUUUCAAAGAAGCAGAACCAUUUGAGACCAGUCUAUCAAAUUCAGAUUAUUUCAGUGUUGUUCCUGCAAAAGGAAUGUUAUCUAGUAAAAAGAAAUUUCCUUUAAAGAUACAGUGUUCACAGAAACUAGAUCGGAAUAUGCAAGCUGUACUUGCAAUUUAUACAGAAAACAGUAAACAGGAUGUGUUGAUUAAAGUCACAGUUAGGCGAUAA